GCAAUAUGGUGCCUCCAGGGAAAAAGCCGGCUGGGGAAACUUCUAAUUCCAAUAAAAAGUGUAAGCGCUAUUUCAAUGAGCACUGGAAGGAAGAAUUUACCUGGCUGGAGUUUGACUAUGAGAGGAAACUCAUGUUUUGCAUAGAGUGUCGGCAGGCGCUGGUGAAGAAUAAGCAUGGUAAAGCGGAGAACGCCUUUACUGUGGGCACGGACAACUUCCAGCGCCAUGCCCUGCUGCGGCACGUCACCUCCGGCGCACACCGCCAGGCACUGGCGGUGAACCGGGAGCAGCUGGCUUUCGAGACCCGUGUCCACGGCCACCCGGAGCUGCGCUCGGUCAUCAAGGUGGAGGUGAACCCGGCGAAGGUGGCCGUCCUCACCACCGUCUACUGGAUGGCGAAGGAGGAGAUCCCAGACGAGAAGUGCUCCUCCCUGCUCGACUUCCAGAAGUUCAACCUGUGCCAGGCGCUGCUGGCCUCCGAGCACAGCGAGUACUACCACCCCAGCAGCGUCAGGGAGAUGCAGGCAGCGAUCGCCAAAGUCCUGCACAACGAGGACAGGCACAGGAUAAAAGCCUCACCGUUUGUUGGGCUGGUGGUGGACGAGACGGUGGAUGUCCUGGAGCACCGCAACCUCGCCAUGUUCACCACCACCGUAUCCCCCUGCAACGGGCAGACCUCCGCCACCUUCCUGGGGAGCUUCGAGCUGCCCGCCGGGGAGGCCUCCACGGUGGCGGGCAAGGUGGGCGAGGUGAUGCGCUCCUUUGGCAUCCCCACCAUGAAGAUCACCUGGCUCAGCGCUGACAGCGCCUCGCUGGUGGCCGAGCGGCUGAGCGGGGUGGGGACCGCGCUGACCUCCCUCUGCCCGCUCCUCACGGAGAUGCACUGCCUGUCCCACGGGAGCUCCCUGCUGCCGGCCGAGAGCAUCGUCAGCAUCGAGUACCUCCAGAAGUAUGAGACCACGGUGGACGCUGUGUACAGGCUCUACUCCAGCUUCAGGGGGGAAAGUAACGGCCUGCAGGAGCUGCGGAGCGUCCUGGACCUCUGCGAGAUAGACCUCGGGAGCCCCAAAGCCAUCCACUGGACUUCUAUUUUCCCAGCCGUGGAAGCCAUUGAUUCCUCAUGGCCCACGCUGGUGCUGCUGCUGGAGAGCGAGGCAGAGCGGUCGCCUGUGGCCCAUGGCCUCUGUGAAGAGCUCAAGAAGUUCCAGUUUGUGGCCUUCACCAAGAUCCUCCUGGAUGUCCUCCCCAUCUUCCAGAAGCUCAGCCGCUUCUUCCAGAUCGAGGACUUCGACCUCUCCAUCCUGAAGCCCAUCGUCUCUGCCACAGCCACCACCCUGCAGGCCCAGAAGAGUGCCAGCGGCCAGAACCUCCAGGAGUUCCUCAACGAGAUGAAUGAGCACCCGCGGGACGACCGGGAGGGCGAGAGCCGCCUCUACUACAAGGGCGUCGAGCUGGCCAACUGCUCCAAGAUGCACCUGAAGCACUUUGAGCGCCUGAAGGAGAGCUACCUGGAGAGCGUGCGGGGCAACCUGCUGGACAGGUUCCCCAGCAGCGUCCUGGAGGCCAUCAGCUCCUUCUCGGCCAUCUUCAACCCCAAGUGCUACCCCCAGUCUUUGGAGGACAUUGGCAGCUAUGGGGUCAGCGAGCUGAAUUUCCUCCUGCAGGCUUACUCCCGGGUGGUGGUGAGCGAGAGGGCCCUGGGUGAUUUCCCCCUCUUCAAGCGGAUCGUCUUCAGCCUCAGCCAGCUCUCUUUCAAGGACCUCUGCGUCAAGCUGGUCUACAGCAACUCUGAGAUGCAUGAGCUCUUCCCGGACUUCGCUGUCCUUGCGGCCAUCGCCCUGGCCUUGCCGCUGGGCUCGGUCCUCGCUGAGAAGAUCAGCCGGGGCCGGCAGCUGCUGAAGCGUGGUCGGUCACGCCGCACGAAGGAUGAGGGGCUCUCCGACCUCAUGAAGAUCGCCAUCGAUGGGCCGGCCAUCAACGAGUUUGACUUUGCGUUGGCCAUCGAGUACUAUGAGAGCAUGAAGGAAUCUGGCUUCAUCGUGACACAGGUGAAGUGAGCGGCGGCCAGCGAA